AUGGGGUGUGAUUUGCUGACCUGCAACAAGCGAGUAUAUGAUACGUUGUUCUGCCCGUCCCUGUCCUUCGGAAUUCGCUGGCGCCUCCUAGCUCUUCAACCCUUGAUUUUCCUCACAAACUCUAUCCAAUCUUUCCGAGGGACCACGUUAUUCUCAGAACAGCCACACACUGUAAUUUGGAUUCCCUUGAAGCGUUCUCCUGGCCACUCAGUUCGUGCUAUCGUAUACCAUCCUUUGGAGAAGAAUUCGCGGCCGCGACCGAAGCCUCUCCAUCUCAAUAUCCGCGGAGGCUGCUUUAUCGGCGGGUUACCAGAAAACAACGCGCCUUUCUUUCACAAACUUGCAAAUGAAACCGGAGCAUUAGUUGUCUCGACCUCACACCGAUAUGCCCCGCGCUACACGUUCCCUUCUGCACAUGAGGAUGUCCAAGAUGUAGCGGAGUGGCUGAUCCAGAAUGCUGAGAAAGUCUGGGGGGCGGAUCCGAGAGUUAUGAGUGUGAGCGGGUUUUCAGCUGGUGGGAACUUAGCGCUAGGGGUUGCGCAAUGGUUGUCCCGGUCUGACUUUGCUGUCAAAGCGUCAGUGACAUAUGAUGCGCCGGUUGAUCUUAGUCUACCCCCGUGGGAAAAGCCGAAGCCUAUCAAUUUCCCGGCGAAGGAUCCUUUGGCAUUCAUCUUACCAUUAAUGGAUGCCUAUGCAGGCCCCGAGCGGGAAAAAUACCGUGAUAGCCCGUUGUUGCAUCCUAUACUCGCAGAUACCGAGACCGUGCCGCGGAAUAUACUCUUCUUUGGAGCAAAGGUCGAUAUCCUUCUGCAUGAACAAUUAGUGUUCAUUGAUAAAUUAAAAAAAGAGGCUGCGGCAUUUAACCGUGAAGUUCAUCGUUCGAACGUGUCGCAAGGUAAUAAAAUCGAUGAGGCCUACCAUGUCGAGUGCGAGUUCUUCGAGGAUCAGUUUCAUGGAUGGCUGGAAAUUCCUUCAAUCUUCAUCGACGCUAAGUUACGAGAUAGGGUAUAUAACGACGCCGUACGUUUCCUUAACAAUGUCUAUACCUCGCGUGGGUAG